AUGCCGCUCCUUGUUAUACUAACGCUCUCUUUCUCUCUCCUCAGGGACCCCAACAAGCCUGUUCCUCAGGACACUAAGUUCAUCCACACUAAGGCUAACCGCUUCGAGGAGGUAGCCUGGUCUAAGUACAACCCCCAGGAUCAGCUGUACCUCCAUAUCGGCCUGAAGCCCCGCGUCAGGGACCACUACCGAGCCACCAAGGUGGCCUUCUGGAAACACCUGGUGCCCCACCUGUAUAACCUCCACGACAUGUUCCACUACACCUCUACCACCACCAAGGUCCCCCCGUCCGAGACGACCCAGAACGCCCUGUCCACUAAGAAGACGUGGCCCUUCAACACCAAGCGGCCCCCCAUGUCCCCGGCCUACAACAACGAGGAUAAUGAGGCGUGGAACGGAGACGAGGAGACCGGCCCGUUGGUCAUAGAGAACCCCAGGGACUACUCUACGGAGCUCAGCGUCACCAUCGCCGUGGGAGCCUCGCUGCUCUUCCUCAACGUUCUAGCCUUCGCAGCGCUUUACUACCGGAAGGAUAAACGGAGGGAGGCCUUGGGAGGUCGCCGUGGUCAACCCAGCCCACAGACCCGCCAUGGCCAGGCUACGUCCAACGACAUCAGCCACCACCAGCGUCCCAACGAGGAGGAGAUCAUGUCCCUGCAGAUCAACCAGACGCACCACGAGUGUGAGGCGAUGGGGGUGGGGAACCCGGGGAAUGACGGAGGGCUGCGUCUGGCCUCGCUUCCCGACUACACUCUGACCCUGCGGAGGUCACCGGACGACAUCCCUCUGAUGACCCCCAAUACCAUCACCAUGAUCCCAAACUCUCUGGUGGGGAUGCCCAACCUGCACCCUUACAACACUUUCACAGCCGGGUUCAACUCCACCGGCCUGCCCCACUCCCACUCCACCACCCGGGUAUAG